AUAUUUUCUAAUACACUAAAAGGCCUAAUCUUGAAAAAAUCUCUCCCUCUCUCCUCUUCAUCCUCUCUUCUCCUCACCUUUUCUCCUUUCUCCCUUCUCUCUCCCUUUUUCGGCAGCCUCCUCUCCCUCUCUUCUUUUUCCGGCCGGGGAGGCCAUCAGCCUGAGGUGGCGACGCCCCUCUGUCUUCACCCUUCUCCCUUAAACCGCCGCUUCUCUCUUUUCUCUUCUUCUUUCUCCUUUCUCCCUCCACUCUUUCCGACGACCCCUAUUUUAGCCGGCAAGGAUGGCCGCCAGGCAGCCUCCUCUCCUCCCCUCUCCUCCUUUCCUUCCCCCUCUUCCCCUUCUCCCUCGACGUCCCUCUUCUCCCCUCCCGUCUCUUCUCUUUCCCUUUCUCUUCUCAUUUUUCUGCGGGUACCAGCCCCCCACCGGCCGGCAACACUGGCAACAGCAGCCAGCAGCCACGACGAGCAGCCCUGCGCGCAGCAGUGACGAGCUGCCAGCAGCAACAGCCAUUCCGGCCAGCAGCUGGGACCAGCAACAACUAGCAGCAGUGGAGAGCUGCCAGGCAACUGGCGAAAGACAGCAGCGACCGACAUGGACAGCAGCGGCCCACCAGCAGCCCGAACACCAGCAGGCCAUGACCGGCAGCCCGGCGCCACCCUCUCCUUUCUCCUCUUCUCCGUCCGUCUCUUCCUCUCUUCUCCGGCCAGUAGUAGCAGCAAAUUUUGAUAAAAUCUUCAAGGAUUAGAUAAGGAUCCGACCAGGUUUUUGACUUAAAGUUCAAGAUGAGGAAGAGUGGCCUAGAAGAAAUUUCGGACAAUGUUUUGUUUAUUUUAAUAUUGCGUAUAUUUUCAUGUGUUAUUAAAAUAUCUGUAUACCUCUAAAGAAACUCUUACUUAUGAAGCAAUUCGGGGGAUCACCUAGGGAGGGGGAAUUAUGCGUUAAUCAUUUUUAUUGCAAACUUGUUUGUGUUUAAAAGCAUGCCUAUAAAUUCAUCAAUUGUGUGAUAAAUAUUUAUAUAAUAAAAUAAAUUUUAGAUCUAACCAAAUAAAUAAAAAUAAACCAAAUCAUAUUCGCU